CCGCUCGGCUGUUCCCUAUCCACGAGCGAGAGCAGCGUCAGGGCCUCAGGGGAGCCAAGCCGAGGAACGGAGCACCGCAGCACCAGCAGGAUGCCGCAGCUGAGCCUCAGCACCAACGUGCCGGUGGAUGCCGUCGUCGCCGCGGACAUCCUCAAGGAUUGCUCCCGCGCGCUCGCCAAGAUCAUCGGCAAACCCGAAUCCUAUGUCAUGGUGUCGAUAAACGGAUCGGUGCCCAUGUCAUUCGCCGCGAGCGAAGAACCAACGGCGUAUGGUGAGCUCGUGUCCAUCGGCGGGAUCGGCCCCGGCGUAAACGGGAAGCUGAGCGCGGCCCUUGCUGAGAUCCUGGAGACCAAGCUCUCGGUCAGCAGGUCCAGAUUCUACAUCAAAUUCGAUGACGUGGAGGGAUACAACCUGGGCUUCAACGGGUCGACAUUCUGAGACAACUCCAUCAGAAGAAGAUGGUUGGUGCGUCCAAACGACCAGCUCAACCCGCCCAUACAUGCCACAAAUAAAUGUAGGUGAUCAAGUGUUUCAUGUGUAUCACCUGCACGUCCAAUAUCGUCCAUGAAUAUUUCGCUCAUGUGAGACAGCACUAGUUUAUAUGCUUAAUUUCAACUGAAAGCAACGCCAGCAUGUACCAGAUUCCUUAAUUCAUGAAACUGCUCUGGCAUAUGAGAGCUUGAAAGUAA